AUGCCGAAUGAUGAGCCAGAGAUGGAGAGGAUGGACAUGUGCCAUUCGAUGAUGACAAGAGCUAUUGGCAAUAGACUUUUCCUCGCGCCCCUCGAGAGAAGCAAGAUCCAUGCUGUUCUCGAUGUCGGGACCGGCACAGGAAUAUGGGCCAUUGAAAUGGGUGAUCUGUUCGAAAACGCAGAGAUAAUUGGAGUUGACCUGAGCGCCAUUCAACCAACAUGGCAAGUCUACAAAAAUCAUCUGAACCCAGGAGGCUGGGCUGAAUUUCACGAAAUGAACGCCGAGAUCUAUUCCGACGACGGUUCGUACACGGAAAAUCACGUAACCUGGGACUGGAAUCAGACCUUUUUGGAAACCAUGGAGAACCUGGGCAUUGAUCCUUGCCCGGGUCCUAAGCUCGAAGGCUGGGUCCGGGAACAAAGGUUCGAGAACGUCUUCCAUCAGAAAAUCAAAAAUCCACUAGGCCCGUGGCCAAAAGAUCCAUGGUACAAAGACCUUGGGCUCAUCAACCUAGCACAAAUGCUAGAUGGCUUGGAAGGCUUCACCUUACGGGUGUUCUGUGGUGCUCUCAAGCGGACCAAGGAGCAGGUUCUGGUAGAAGUUGCGAAUGUGCGGAAUGAAAUGAAGACUGGCGCUUAUCAUGGCCUGUAUGAUAUGUAG